AGUCAUGCCUAAUAAAAUGCGGUGACACUGUUCAGAAACUUACUAUCAACAUUACUAGCAGACAUUCACAGGCUACGAUUUCACUAUGUACGACAGUGUCUCGUUGUAACCUCGCGAGAAUCUCGUCUAUCAUCAUCAGUUAACUUCGUGUGUGAGUUUUUUUUACUACUUUCCCCAAAAAUCAUUUUGCUUGAAAUGUGAGACUUUAACAUGGAUAUAAGUGGUUUAGUUGUAUUGGGCCUCUUAGCUACUGCUGUUGGCGUACAAGCGGGAACCUGCUGGUUAUCAAAGACAAAACAGAAUCUAUGCAUGGGGGCGUUCAGCCUGAACGUGUCCAAAGAGGAGUGCUGCAGGAACCCCUCCCCUCACGUCAGCUGGACCCCUCAGACGUUCACGUCCACUGGGGAUUUGUUUUACUGGCAGGAACUGAUAGGGGGCGCUCCUGACUGCGAACUUUGCCAUGAUACCUGUGACGGUGUCAAAUGUCCCCAGGGAAAAGAGUGCCGACGAAGGAGAGGAGUCCCUAAAUGUGUCUGUCUGAUUAAAUGUACUCAGAGAUUGAGGAAGUCCAGGAAAAUCUGUGGAACGGACGGGAAGACUUACAACAAUGAAUGCCAACUUCGCCGCCGGAACUGUAAGCGGGAGACCUCGGUGUCCGUAGCGUACAGAGGCGUUUGUAGACAAUCUUGCAAAAAAGUGAGAUGCUUGGAUGGAAAGCGUUGCUUAGAGGACCAAAAUGGUUUGCCUCAUUGUGUUCACUGCCAAGUCCAUUGUCAGAACAGCGAUGACGAUCGAGUUUUAUGCGGAGAAGACGGCGUGACGUAUCGCAAUCCAUGCGAGCUCAGGGCAGCCGUCUGCAGACGACACAAGUCAAUAAGAAUCGCUUACUAUGGCAAAUGUCGAGCUAACGCUACCUGUUUAGACACCCAGUGUUCGGAAGGAUUGUCUUGUUUAAUCAACCCCGUCAACCACCAGCCGCUGUGUGCUCAGUGCAGAACUCGCACCUGUUCGCCCCUGUCCCGAUACAAAGUCUGCGGAACAGACGGAGUGGAUUACAAGAACUACUGUUUCCUGAUGAAGGCGUCAUGCAAGAUGGGGCUAGCUAUAGACACACGCCAUAGCGGGUCCUGCGACAGAUCCAUACGGAGAAAACAAAAACAUAAAAAGAGAAGACGAAGGAGAAAGAAGACGCGAGGCAGAAAGAAAACUCGAUACGUGGACGCAGUGCUUAGGGGCUCAGACGGAGUCCGAAUCAAACUGAGAUUAAAACAAGUACAUUCCAAGGCUGACAAAGGGAUAUCCUUACCACUAUCUCUCGAGCAUUUGUUUGCCCAGAAACAUGUAAAAGAAAAUGGCUGAAACCGCGGAAUCUUAGGAAGAGCCCGCCAUAGUGCCACACUGCGACUGCGCUGGUCCCGAUAUUGGAGGGAGCAUGCGUGAAUUAUCCAAAACGUCACUGCCAGAAACGUCUUUCUCGCCCUUACGGCAUUUUGAAUAUCCAAUGUGUUUCUGUGUUGUUCUUAUUUAUUGUAAUUUAUUUAUUUAUAUGUGUUUCGUGUUUGAUGUACGAGAUGUAAAGGCGUACAGGGAACGGUGAAAUCGUUCACUUCAAGGUCACUUCAAGGUCCUACAGGCGGAAGUGACUCCAGGGACGCUCCUAUAGUCAUAAGUUCCGUCCUCUGUGUUCGUGCCUUUUUUUAAUUAUAAACAAAUAAACUGAAAUAAUCUUUC